AUGGAGGAAAUGCUAACCAUUGAGCUUAUCAACCAAUGUAGCCAUCUUGCUCAAGCAAGGAGACUCCACCAAACAAUCUUGCAAAACGAGCACAGUGACAACGUAUUCGUCUUGAAUCUUCUCAUCCAAAUGUACGGCAAAUGCGGCAGCCUAGAAGAUGCUCAUCUCGUCUUUGACGGCAUCGGGCAGAGAAAACAGAAUCUCUUUUCGUGGAACAUUCUCGUCCAGGCAUAUGCCCACAACGGGGAUCCAAAAGCCGCUCAAGGAAUAUUCGACAGCAUGCCCAUGAGGGACUUGGUAUCUUGGACAGCACUGCUAGGAGCAUAUUCUCAGGCAGGGAAUGUAAGAGAUGCCCACUGUCUACUCGACCAGAUGCCCGAAUGGGACACAGUCUCUUGGAACGCGAUGCUCACGGCAUAUUCCCACAUUGGGCAUCUGGACAAGGCUGGGGGCUUGUUCCAGGCCAUGCCCGAGAAGAAUCUAAUCUCCUGGAAUGUGCUGCUCUUGGCAUAUGCCCAAUCAAGGAAUAUUUCCGAGUUGCACGCUAUGUUUUCAAAGAUGCCACAGAGGAAUGUGGUAUCAUGGAAUAUAUUCCUAGAGGCGCAUGCAGAGGACGUGGGAUCAGGUAAACGAAUCUUCGAUGGAAUGCCGCAAUGGGAUCUGGUGACAUGGACAACUAUGGUCCGGGCAUAUUCCAGUGCUGGGCAUAUGCGGGAAUCCCAAAUCGUGUUUGAUAGCAUGCCUGUACAGGACAUAAUCAUAUGGAACGCUCUUGUGGCUGGAUAUGCCCAAAACGGGCAUAUUCUUCAAGCAAAGGAGUGUUUUGAUAAAAUGCCCAAAUGGAAUACUAUGUCAUGGAACAUUAUCAUAGCAAUGUAUGCCCAAAACAGUCUCACCGACAAAGCGAAGCAAAUGUUUCGAAACUUGGUUUACCGAAGCGUCAUGACCUGGAACAUCAUGAUCGUGGCUUACACGCAGCAAGGAUUGAUCGAUCAAGCAAAGCUCAUCUUCGAUGAAAUGCCAAUCCACGAUGUAGUUUCCUGCAAUACUUUGAUAGCAGCCUUCGUCCAUGACGAAGCUCGAGCGUUGCAAGUCUUUGAAACGAUGGAGCAAAAGGAUAUAGUAACUUGGACGUCGAUUCUCCAAGUUUUUCUCAGCGAGGAUGGCAGCGGCCUGGAGCGAGCAAAGCUCGUCUUUGACACCAUGAUGCCCGAGUGGAACGCCAUCGCCUGGACCUUGAUGGUCUCUGCGUGUGGAAGCCGAGGACGUCUCGAGGAAGCCCGAUGGAUCGUAGAGACCGCCCCCGAGAGAGAUAUCCGGCUCUGGAACUCAAUGCUUUCCGCCUAUUCCCAGUGCCACCACCUCCAAGAAACUCUCGAAACUUUCUCGAGAAUGCCGCAGCGAGACGUUGUGUCCUGGAACUCGGUGAUGGCGGCGUAUGCCCAAGACGGUCAUAUCAGCGCUGCGAGGAAGAUACUGGAGAGGAUGCCCGAAAGGAACGUCGUUUCCUGGGAUACCAUGGUAGCAGCCUAUGCCCAGAGAGGUGACACCGAUCGAUCGCUGCAAGCUUUCCUCUCCCUGCUGCUCGAGGGACUCCAGCCCGACGAGAUGACUUUCCGGAGCGUUCUCACGGCGUGUAGCUACGUUGGAGGCCUGGAGGAGAGCUUAAGCCGCUUCCACUCGAUGAGUAGCGACUUUGGUCUGGCACCUCGGCGCGAGCACUGCUCCUGCAUUGUCGAUCUUCUCGGGCGAGUGGGGCAGCUCCAGGACGCCGAGGAGUUCGUCACCAGUCCAGAUUCUUCGUCGGCUAGCUCGGCUUCCUGGGGAGCGCUGCUGGGAGCCUGUAAGAUUCAUUCGGACCCCGAGAGAGGAGGACGAGCAAUAACGCAUUUCACCAAGCUGGAUCCCGAAAACUCUGCUCCAUACUUGCUACUGGCAAGCACACUAGAAUCGUAG